AUGCUUCAGCAAAAUAACGAACUUUCUAAUAUUUUCAUUCAAUUUCAAUCAUCGUUAGCUGCUCAAAAGAUGCCAUCAACUCAAGCACGACAAGUACUCGCACAUGCCCUGAUCGAAACACUUCAUAACUGGUGCAUGCAACUAUUCUGGAUGACAGUAUUAUGUGUUAUCAACUGUUGCGGAGAAGAAGACGAGAAGAAAACACAGAAGAAGCAACCAGAACGGCCUGAGCCAAAGAAGAGGAUAGAGGAUAUUGAACAGAAGAUGCUCCGUCACCUCACCUCGCCAAUCAUUUCCGGACCACUUCGGCCAGUUCGCAGAAACUCAAAGAAGCGUAUUUUCUACUCGAGACCUCCAAGCCCUCAGUUGUUCGAUAUUGCUGAGGAAGAGUAG